AGCCCGGUGAAGCGCAAGGAGGAGGAGAAGGAGAAGGCCAAGGAAGAGGCGCGCAAGAGCAGGAGUCCCAGCGCCAAGGUGGAGGAUGCCAAGAAGGAUGACUCCUCCGAUUCCGAAAAGGCUAAGAGGCAAAGGACUGAAGGAGAGGAGCCCAAGGAGCCCACAGAGCCGAGGAAGGAGGAGGAGAAGCCCGGAAAUCAGGCAGAGAAGCGUAUGGAGGAGCUGAACGAACCGGUCGACAAGAUUGCGGCGCCCGAAAAGAAGGCAGACACCGAUGCCACCAAGAAGUCAGCGAUCGUGAACCCGUUCCACGCGCGGCUCAUCGCGAAGCACCAGCAGGAGGCGAUCGAGAAGGCGAAGCAGGAGGUGGAAGCGAAAGCCAAGGCUCAAGAGGAGGCUGAAGCCAAGGCCGAAGCCGAAGCCGCCGCCCUGGCCACCUCCGCUCCCACUGCCCAACCGGUGCCGCCCGCGGCCGCGCUGGCGUCGCCGGACCAGACAGCCACGGCGCUCCGGAACAUCUUCACCGGCGCCGGAGCCGCCGGCGUUCCGGGGGCGGCCGUCCCGGGUGCGGCCGUCCCGGGUGCCGUGGGCGUGGCGGUGCCAGAAGCGAAGGCUGAGGCGAAAGCUCCAGGAGUCUCGGGCGCAGUGGCCAAAGCCGCCUCUCGACCCCCGCAGCCCAUCGAGCAAGCGCAUGCGGGGAUGCUGCAAGGCAACAUGAACGCGAUGGGCGCCAUGGGCGCGAUGGGCAUGACAGGAAUGCCCAUGGGCAUGGAUGUGAUCUCGUCCAUGCAAAUGCAAAACAUGGGCAUGGGUAUGAUGGGUAUGCCUUGCAUGGGCUACGGCUACGACAUGAGCGGCAUGGGCAUGGCCUGCCAACCCAUGAUGAUGGGCAUGCAACAGCAAACGAAGGAUGCGCAAGAGGCCCAAGUGGCGCAAGCCCAAGCGGCGCAAGUGGCACAAGCACAACAAGCACAACAAGCGCAAGGGCAAGCUGACGGCAUUCGAACCGGUUUGCUUUUGCCACAGCCCAAUGCCUACAAGGCGGGUGGGAUGCCACCUCCUCCUCCACCGCCGCCGCCAGCAGGUCACUUCGGAUCCUGAUUGGUGCUAGAGUCGGUGAGUGUGGGUGACGCGGGCUGAUUCGGGUGAAGCGUUUCGCA